GUCCAAGUUCCUCAUUGUUUGCUAAAGCUGAAAGUUCAAAGCAAGAUAAGCCACCAUGAGGCUGUCGGUAUGUCUCCUGCUGGUCACUCUGGCCCUUUGCUGCUAUGAGGCCAAUGCAGUGGUCUGUCCAGUUAUUGCUUCCGAAAUCACAGGCUUCUUAUUUGCUGGAGAAAAAGUAUUCAGGCAACAACUCUCCAAAUUUCAUGCACCUCAGGACGCUGUUCAGGCCAAGAUGAAAGUGAAGAAAUGCAUAGAUCAGAUAUCCCUUCCCAACAGAAUGAUGAUUGAAAAAAUAUUGGGGAAAAUACUGUUGAAGUGUUUAUAGGAGACAAAAAAGGAUUUCGUGUUGGCUCCACCGUCUUUCAGUGAUCGGCCCUGCAGCAUGUAGAGGUUUCAACGUCUUGCUUUAAUAAAUUCUUUGCCCUGCA